AACGCCGCUUGCUCCUUAGCUUGGUAAUUCGAUGGCGGCGAUGGGUUGCUUCGCCAAACCCACCGUUCGCUCAUGAAACCCAAACCCUUUUUCUUUGUCUGUCUCAAAAGAUAUUUUGGCGCGCAAUCUCACCACCAUCCCCAUCCCCAUCCCCUCAUGGCCCAAACCCCAACCUCUCUCGAUUCAAAGCAACACGACGACCCCGCCAACCUAAGCGGAGAAUCUCGGGUGGAACGGGCGUGGGCUCAUUGGGCCAAGUUGGGUCGGCCCAGAUUCAUUGUGGCCCCCAUGGUGGACAAUUCGGAGCUACCCUUUCGAAUGCUGUGCCGCAAGUAUGGUGCUGAGGCUGCAUACACCCCGAUGCUGCAUUCCCGCAUUUUCACAGAGACCGAAAAGUACAGGAAGGAAGAAUUCACCACUUGCAAGGAGGAUCGACCACUCUUUGUCCAAUUUUGUGCCAAUGAUCCAGAUGUGUUGUUGGAAGCUGCACGCAAGGUGGAGCCUUAUUGCGAUUACGUUGAUAUUAAUCUUGGGUGUCCUCAGCGCAUUGCUAAACGGGGAAACUAUGGUGCCUUUUUGAUGGAUAACCUUCCUCUUGUGAAAUCUCUGGUGGAAAAAUUGGCUGUCAACCUGCAGGUUCCUGUUUCAUGCAAGAUUAGGCUCUUUCCAAAUUUGGAGGACACUUUGAAGUAUGCUAGGAUGCUUGAGGAGGCUGGUUGUAUGCUUUUAGCUGUACAUGGCAGGACAAGGGAUGAGAAGGAUGGGAAGAAAUUUCGAGCAGACUGGAAAGCUAUUAGAGCCGUGAAGAAUGCUGUCAGAAUCCCAGUCCUUGCAAAUGGGAACAUAAGGCAUAUGGAUGAUGUUAGAGACUGCUUGGAACAGACGGGGGUUGAAGGGGUGCUUUCUGCUGAGACCCUGCUUGAAAAUCCAGCUCUCUUUGCUGGAUUUCAAACUACUGAAUGGGUGUCUGAAUGUGAAGGAACUAAUGCGGAUGGGAAACUGGACCAGGCAGAUCUGCUAAUAGAGUAUUUGAAGCUUUGUGAAAAGUAUCCUGUGCCAUGGAGAAUGAUUCGUUCUCAUGUUCAUAAAUUGUUGGGAGACUGGUUCAGCCUCCAGCCUCACAUCAGGGAUGAACUUAACAAACAAUCUAAACUGACUUUUGAGUUUCUUUAUAACAUGGUGGAUCAACUUAGGGCUACAGGUACAAGAAUUCCACUGUAUAAAGGUACCCAGGUGGAACUUACAGCAGACAGUUACACAGAUAAACAAAGCUGCACACCAACAUUUGGAGUUUAAAGUUAAACCAGAACCUGAAUGAAAUAUAUUCUGCAGUGGAUGGUGCGGUCAGGCCAAGCUGGCAUAACUGCACAUGAUUUAGAUACAAUUUUGUAAUGAUUAGAAGUGAGAACAGUUCUAAUUUUGAAUCUCCUUUUGAGUUGUAAUUGUCUUCAUUCUUAUGGCAAUUGCCAUUUGGCAGUGUUGUACAAGUAACACUAUUAAAACGCUGAUGCAUGCUCUGAGCUGACAAAUUAAUGUGAUUGUCUUGAAUAUUUGACAGGGUGGAUUGCU